UGCUCUGUUGAGCUCAUCGCCAUCACACGACUGCCAACAACCUAUUCAAAUGCUCCGUCCUUUGUCUGCGCCUGCCAGAAUUGUUCUUUCUUUUGCGACGCCAGGAUUGAGAAGGUGGCAGCCGACUUGCUACUCACAACUCAUCAACUUUCAGCCAUUCGCUGGACGUCAAUUCCACCCCGGCGAAGUUAAGGGAAAGAGGGUCGUCACUUCAAGACAAACCACAGACUCUGCUAGUGCGAAGCGCUUUAAACGCACAGAAUCAGCCCAGCCCAUACCACAACUUGCCAGUACGGUUGUGACAAACUACUGGGACGACGUAAUGAAGUUCUCCCGGGAACCAGGAUCGUAUACGCUCGGGCAUCCCACCGAUAGUGGAGGAGAAACACCAUCAGAUUCAAUGGCAGACCAUGCCAACUUAAGUGUGCAAGAUGACCAUGAUAUACGGAGGCUGCUCCGGCGUACCAUAUCCACUCGUAGGGAGCAGGGCGACAUCUUACCAAGUCUACUGGCGCGCCAAUGCUGCGAAUUUUACGAAGGGCUGGAUUUGGCAGGGCGAGCGAACUUUCUUAGGAUUUUGGGACGGGAUUUCGAUGUCAACCGGGAAGCGGUUGCUGCUGCUGCCCAUAAGUAUCUUGAUGCUAGAUCCGCGGGUAAAGGCGAUAAGGGUUUUAUGCGAACUGAAGAGAUAUUACGGCAAUCGCUACAGCCUCUUUACGAGAAAUUUUUUGAACGGAUAAACCAGCUACCUGGAGGAAUGCAGUUCCUUGUCAAUAUGCGGGCAAAUGUGCUGGAAAUCCUAGGGCGCAAUGGAAACGACCCAUAUCUCCGUGGCUUGAGUGAUUCUCUCAAGACCCAAUUGCAAGGAUGGUUCGGAAUUGGAUUCCUGGACCUGGAGAGGAUUACAUGGAAUAGCCCAGCCACUGUACUUGAGAAGAUCGUCCGAUAUGAAGCUGUGCACGCUGUUCCGACGUGGCAAGCCUUGAAGCAGCGUCUAGGACCCGGAAGACUGUGCUACUCCUUCUUCCACAGAGGCAUGCCGCAGGAGCCAUUGACAUUCGUCCAAGUGGCACUGGUGAGAGAGAUUGCCGAAGAUGUGCAAGUCAUACUCAACGAUCCGUCUCCCGAGGUGCCCGAUCCAACGGUAGCCAUAUUCUAUUCUAUCUCAUCCUCUCAAAGAGGUCUCUCUGGAGUCGAUCUUGGCAACUUUCUUAUUAAACGCGUGGUCAAGGAAAUACAGCAAGUCUUACCUAGCAUCGAAACGUUUUGCACGUUAUCACCGAUUCCCAGAUUUCGCCAAUGGCUGGAAACGAGAUUGAACGGUGGAAAUGUUCCAUCGGGCGACUCGUUAUUGUUAGGGGAGGAAGUUGAGGCACUCAGAAGCCUGAUGGGAAAGGGGGCUGCAGACGAUGAUAUCUUAAUUCUUAAGAACAUUUUGGCUGGUAACUCGUGGUAUAAAGACCCUAACGUAUCCCAAACUCUGAAGCCGAUCCUCUUACGAUUAUGCGCACGAUAUCUCCUGUUUGAAAAGAAGCGAUCAUUUGCUCUGGACCCCGUUUGCAACUUUCAUAUCCGCAAUGGAGCCUGCAUGCACAGACUCAAUUGGAUGGGAGAUACGUCAGAGAAAGGGUUGAGCCAAUCUUAUGGCAUCAUGGUGAAUUACAAUUACGUCCUCCCGGAAAUCGAGACAAACAACCAAUUGUACCUGCUGGACGGGACGAUUGCAGUGAUGGAGCCGGUGGAUCAGACACUCGAGUGGGCAGUAAGCACAGCUGUCCAUGGGGGAAAAGACUUCGCUAGACUCCGACUAGUUAAAAGUGUAGGGGAUGUGCAGAUGGCCAAAUUAUAGAUUAGGGUUACAGUAUAUCUGCGGUACACUUGCGGCCGAUUGACCAAAAGAUUACCAUGAUCGACAGGGCACCCAGACGUCGACCACCUUCCCUUCCUCUACAAUAUAAUACCAUUC